UUUUACCCACUAUAAGUAAUGUUUUGACCUUCGAAAUGUACGUUGCUAUUUCACUUCCGUCAAACUUAUUCGCACAGUGCCGAAGGCCAUGGCGCCUUUCCAGCCUCCGUUGCGACUUCUGCUCCUCCCACUUCACAAACCUCGCUUCCUCGCCCUCCUCAUCCUCCCACUUAUUGUCCUACUGUAUAAGAACCAACUCUCAAACCCACCAACGCUAAAAGCUAAAGUCAAAGAGGCUCAUCAAGGUGGUUCAUGGGAAGCACUAACGGAUGUGGACGACGAUUGGGGUACCCACGAGGGCAUUUGGGGAGGUGAUAUAAAAGAUUGGUUUGGCUGGAAGGACAAGGGCCGAACGUCUAUCCUUAUUACCGGUGGUGCUGGUCAGCUUGGUCAGGCUCUUAUACCACAGUUAAUCAACAAUUAUACUGUCCACGUUCAAGAUAUUGUUCCUCGCCCUCCCUCUCUGCCCAGUUCAAUCAUUUAUCACCGUUCGAGCAGCACCCCUCCUGCUGAGGCUUACAAAUCGAUCUUCGCCUCGAAUACUUUUGAUGGUGUCAUACAUCUCGCAGGCAUAUCUUUAGAUGUCUGGUGCGCAGCCAAGGAGGACGAGUGCCAUGAAGUCAACGUUGGGGGGACAAAAGCGUUGAUGAAUGAGGUCAUUGCAGUUAACAACAAGCAGUUCAAGAGAGGAAAAAUGUGGAAAAAUGUUCGAGUGCCAUGGGUAAUCUUGGGAUCGACAAUGGAGGUAUUUGGGCCUGAGGGGACCAAUGAGGAUUCUCCCAAACAUCCAGCCUCUGCUCUCGGAAGAACGAAGAUGGAGGCCGAACAAGUCUUCGAAGAGGCGAUUUUGGACAGCCCAGAUGAAGAAGGUAUUCGAGGAUUAAUUCUUCGUUUCCCCGAGGUAUACGGUUAUCAUUCUGCCUCCUCAAUUCCAGAGGCAUUCAUCCCUUCCCUCCUCACUAACUCACUUACCUUUCUUCCUAUUCAGUACUCUUCAAACCAAAUCCCUUAUGACUUACUUCACGCGGAAGACGCCAUAAUUGGUUUUGUCAAAGCUAUCUCUUACAUCAAAGGAACUCCGAGUGGUGAUGUGUCCACCAUCAACUUGAUAUCUGGACAACGCACACCAGAAAGAGAUAUCGUCGAGCUUGUACGCAAAGAAACAACUUCUAUGUCUCCAGUCCGGGAUAUCGGGGAUAAUCGCAAUCCCAACGCACAUGAAUAUUUUCCCGCAAAAGCUGCCGAGAUACUCGAUUGGCGAGCCGAGAUUACACCCCCUGUCGGUCUGGGCAAGGCCAUUACCCAAUUGACAGGGGACAUCUCCACUUAUUUCCGCUCCUAUUUACACGAGCAUUGCCCACCUUCAGCAGAUUUUCCAGCUCCUGAUGGUGAUUUUGCUGUGCCUUUCAUCGAGGACGAGCGUAAUAAACCUCUAUGGAAAUUAGAUGGCUGUACAGUGAACCUUGGCUUCAACCACGAAGGAUGGCUUCAUCAUUUGAAAUGUCAUGACGGAAAACAUUGCAACGUGGACGAUGUCAAGGUGACUGCUUUGAAUUGGAACCAGAGCACGUUUAUCAUCGAGAAAGUGGAGAAGAAGAAGAGAGAAAGGAUCGUGAGGGUUAUGUUAAAAGAGCAAAACGGAAUGGGAUACCUAGGAAUGACACAGACAGAGGGCGAGGUUGGGCUUGAGCUUUACAAGGAUCCCAAGGAAGGCCAAACGGUGUUCGACCUGGAGGUCCGUCGGGAUUCUUCAGACCUGAGACUUCUAGUGCCCGACUCGGAAAUGCAGCUCCAUGCCGUUUCUAAUAAGACCGAUGGCUCGACAUGGUUCACUGUAGAGCCGAUUACUCGAUGGGUGGAUCCUCACUUUGAUAUGCGUAUCAACGUUCUCUGCUGUCCAUUUGAAGGUGACUGGCCGUUGCUCUUGGAUGAUUAUGAGUCUGCUGAUGUUCGAUUCGGUUCUACUGGCGAGAUCCCUUUUGACUCCACACGUCGUUCACAUCUCUGUACCAGAGCCGAGCAAGCUGUUCGAUACAACUUCAAGCAUCUAUCCACAGCUCGUCAAGCUGUUAGUAAAGUCACGGGCACCGCCGGCCACGCCUUUUUCAACGAGACUGGUCCCAAGACAGACCCCCAUCCUCAUGCUUGGGCUCUCAAAGAUCUUCCUCCUUGUUGGAACGACUGUGAAAGCCCGACGGUGUGUGUACAGACCGGGAACUGCAAAUGUGUACAAGCGGAUCACUGCAAACCUCGACGGGAGAAUCCUUUGCUCAAAAUCUAUCCUUCCAACUCGCUUCACCCUGAUGAAAACAAAUCGCCUGUUGGCUGUCUUGAUGGUCAUUCUUCUGUACUUACCCAUGCUGUGGAAGCCGUGGAUUGGAAAGAUGUUCUCCUUCCUGCAGCUCGAGCAGCCCUCGAAGCCCACCCGGACUUUGUCAAAGUUCAUGUUGCCGAUGGGUACAAGGGUCAAGAAGAGAUAGAGGCAGCACCCUGUCAUAGGCUCCAGGAAACGAAUUGCUUCUCGGCUGAUAGCAUAAUGUACAAGUCGCUCCGUCACAUCUCCGUCCCUGCUGACGAGGCGGAAUUGGUGGUACUCCCUGUCUACCAGCAAUGUACAGGCGUUCAAUUCCUGCUUCAUGAUGCAAUGCAGCAUGCUUCAGAGACGAUACCGGGAGUGAAAAACGAGGAGAAGACGGUGGCGCUCGUCCUGACUCACGACUGGGGAAUCUGUAUUGAUUCUGUAUGGGAUAUUUGGUCUGCUAGGGAUCAACACGCCUUCCACCCCGAUAGGAUUCUUAACAAUGUUCUCGUUUGGUCCGUCAUGGGCGACUACGACUCUCCAUGCUACCGUCCUCAUCAGGAUGUAGUCGUUCCGGCUCGAACAUGUCACACAAAUACUCUUCGUGCAACAUUCUCGAAUGUCGGAUCUAUCAAGCCCAUGAGAGAACGCUUGAAUCUCCUUACAUGGUCGGGGACGUACGAGGUGGCGGGGAAGAGUGAACGUAUUCGUUUGACGUGCGGUAGAGGAGGAGCGGGCGAUAGAGAACUGAUCAAGGGAGGUGGGAAGCAAAGCAAUUUCGCAAAUGGGGAUUAUAUGAAUGAUCUCAAUAACGCGAGGUUCUGCCCUCAGCCUCGAGGUAUCACCGGCUGGUCUCCUCAAACAAACGAUGCCAUAUAUGCCGGUUGUAUUCCCGUCUUCAUCUCUGAAGGCACCCACUAUCCCUUUGCUGAUUUCUUGGACUGGUCCAAGUUGUCUGUCCGGGUUGCACCCACAGAACUGGACAAAAUUGAAAAGAUCCUUGCCGCCAUCCCUCUUAGCAAGGUGGAAGAGCUGCAAGCCAAUUUGGUCAGCAUGAGAGAAGCGUUUUUGUACUCUGGCGAUGAAAAGCCCGAGGAGGAGUUGGAAAGAAGAGGACCAAUGUUCUUUGCGCUGCAUGAGGCGGGGAUGAGGAUCAGAACUCGAUACCCGGUCAAAGAAGAAGAGUAACGUUUAUGAGGAUUGACGAGGUCUGUCUGUUGUAAACAUUAGGGUAUAAUAGAGAGUAGUAAUGGCGAUAUUUAUAGAGUCGUCUACUACCAGUGCUAUAGUCGUUUCUUCUCCAAAAGGAUCCACUUCACACUA